AUGGGGUUCGUACAUGAUGGCGGGUCGCUGGCCGGAGAGUCUGACCGUGAAGAGCUCCGCCGGUUAGGCAAGAAACAAGUGCUCAGGAGAGGUUUCCGCUUUCUCUCCAUCCUAGGCUUCAGUUGUGCCGUCCUCAUCACUUGGGAGGCCUCAUUGAUUCUGUUCCUUACGGGCCUUCGAAAUGGUGGCCAUGCAGGCAUCAUAUACGGCUACAUAGUGAUAUGGGCCGGGAACCUGGCAGUCUUCACCACCCUCUCGGAGCUCGUCUCCAUGGCCCCAACUUCUGGUGGCCAGUAUCAUUGGGUUGCUAUGCUGGCUCCAAAGUCAAUGGCGAAGUCCCUAAGCUACAUCACUGGCUGGUUAACCGUGGCUGGAUGGCAGGCGGGUUUCGCUUCUGCUUGCUUUUUGACCGGCUCCAUGAUCCAGGGACUUAUCAUCUUCACGAAUCCGUCUUAUUCGCCUAGCUCGUGGCAUACCACUUUGCUUCUCUGCGCCGUAGCGUUGUAUUGCGUCUUUGUCAAUGUUGUGACUAGCAGAUUGCUGCCCGUGUUUGAAAAAGUAGCAUUGGCUCUCCAUGUCAUCGGGUUUCUGGCUGUUUUGAUACCACUCGUUAAGUUUGGGGUAAAGAAUGAUGCAGAUUUGGUAUUCAAGAAUUUCAUCAACGGGGGGAACUGGUCCAGUCAAGGUGUCUCCUUUUUCGUUGGGUUAAUUGGAAAUGCAUUUGCUUUCUUGGGACUCGAUGGCGCAUACCAUAUGUCCGAAGAAAUCCAAAAUCCGUCCAUCACAGUUCCACGCUCCAUUAUCCUUACUCUAUUCAUCAACGGCAGCCUGGGACUAUCGAUGCUCAUUGCGACACUAUUCAGCAUAGUUGAUUUAGAUGCCGCUCUAAACUCGCCAACUGGACUCCCAUUCCUAGAGAUCUUCCGGCAAUCAACGGGGUCCACCGCUGGCUCUGCAACAAUGGCUGCAGUCAUCGUUACGUUAACCCUGUUCGCAAACUGCAACUACCUAGCUUCGACAUCCCGUAUGACCUGGUCAUUUGCAAGAGAUCGAGGCCUACCAGGCUGGAAAUCACUGGCUAAGGUUGAGAAACGCACCGAAGUGCCAUUAAUGUCAAUUCUUGUCACAGCUACCAUAACCAUCCUCCUCUCCCUCAUAGUUAUCGGCUCAACGGUAGCUUUCAACAUCAUCGUCUCCUUGACAGUCGCCUGCUUAUACCUCAGCUACCUGCUAGCUACGGGCAUGCUUCUGUACCACCGAUGUGUAGGGAACGUCUCAUACCCUUCUAAUAAUGCAGGAACCGGCUCGACUCUUGCCAAUACUACCGGCGCCCGUCUUGUUUGGGGCCCAUGGCAUCUCCGUGGCGUCAUGGGAAUCGCAGCAAAUAUAUUUGGAUGCAUAUACCUGACGGUCAUCCUGAUAUUCAGCUUCUUCCCUGCUGAUGCCUCCCCGACGGCAGCAGGCAUGAACUACAGCGUCGUCAUCUGGGCGUUCGUGAUUGUGCUUAGUAUUGUAUAUUAUCUUACAUAUGCGCGGAGAGUGUACGAUGGUCCGGUUGUUGAAAUUGACGCCACGCCGUCGAUUGAGCCCAGCAUCAAGGAGUAG